GCCACCUGGUGGCGACUAGAUAAGAUAUAUUAUUCUUCUUGUUACUCUCACGCCAUUUCGGUAUAAAAAUCUUUUUGGGAGCGGCUGACGUUUAUAGAUUUUAACGUUUUCUUUCAACAUAUUUUCAUAUAAUAUAGUAUAGUACUCUUGCAUAAGGAGAUCAAAGAUGGGAGAAGAUUUUAAUGGAGAUCGAGAGAGACAAGAUAGAGACAAGGACCGUGAUAGAGACAGAGAUCGUGAUAGGAGACACAGAUCACGUAGUAGAGAACGUAGGAAGAGAUCAAGGUCUCGUUCCAAAGACCGUAGAGACCGUAAAAGAAGCAGUUCUCCUAAAAAAAGUCGUAGUUCCAGAAGGAGAAAACCAUCCUUAUAUUGGGAUGUACCACCACCUGGAUUUGAACAUAUUACACCUUUGCAGUAUAAAGCAAUGCAAGCUGCUGGCCAAAUACCUGCAAAUAUUGUAGCAGAUACUCCUCAAGCUGCUGUCCCUGUUGUUGGUAGUACGAUCACUCGUCAAGCAAGAAGAUUAUAUGUUGGUAAUAUUCCAUUUGGAGUCACAGAAGAAGAGAUGAUGGAAUUUUUCAAUCAACAAAUGCAUUUAUCAGGCCUUGCACAAGCUGCAGGGAAUCCAGUCCUUGCUUGUCAGAUCAAUCUAGAUAAGAACUUUGCAUUCUUGGAGUUUCGUUCAAUAGAUGAAACUACACAAGCUAUGGCCUUUGAUGGGAUUAAUUUUAAAGGACAAAGUUUAAAAAUAAGAAGACCUCAUGAUUAUCAACCAAUGCCAGGAAUGACAGAUAAUCCAAGCAUGAACGUGCCAGGUACGGUUCCUGAUUCCCCACACAAGAUUUUCAUUGGUGGUCUACCAAAUUAUUUGAAUGAGGAACAGGUAAAGGAGCUACUGAUGAGUUUUGGUCAACUGAGAGCUUUCAAUUUAGUAAAGGAUUCAGCAACAGGAUUAUCAAAAGGUUAUGCCUUUUGCGAAUAUGUUGAUGUGUCCAUGACGGAUCAAGCUAUUGCUGGAUUAAAUGGUAUGCAACUAGGAGACAAGAAGUUAAUUGUACAACGAGCUUCUGUUGGUGCAAAGAAUCCUAUGAUAGGAGCACAAGCCCCUGUACAAAUUCAGGUUCCUGGUCUGUCUAUGGUAGGCACAAGUGGACCUGCAACGGAGGUUCUUUGCUUAUUAAAUAUGGUUACACCGGAAGAAUUAAUGGAAGAAGAAGAAUAUGAAGAUAUUUUAGAAGAUAUUAAGGAAGAAUGCAACAAAUAUGGUGUUGUUCGAUCAGUAGAAAUACCAAGACCUAUUGAAGGUGUUGAUGUUCCAGGAUGUGGAAAAGUAUUUGUUGAGUUUAACAGCGUUAUCGAUUGCCAAAAAGCACAACAGACUUUGACAGGACGUAAAUUCAAUAACCGUGUAGUAGUUACAUCAUAUUUUGAUCCUGAUAAAUAUCAUCGUAGAGAAUUCUAGAUUGUAGAUUCUUUUUUCUUAUCAAUUAAUGAUUGACUAUAAUGUAUAAUAAAUAUAAGUGAAUAACCUGAUAUGUCUUAAAAGUAAAUAGUAUUUCGUAACAGCGCAAGGCUGUUCUCUAUAAUUACUUUUAAUUAGAAGAUAGAAAUCAUUCAACUAUUUUUGACAGCACACAAUUUUACAAUAAUUAUUUCUUAUCAUUUAAGUUCAUUUACUUAAAAGAUUACUGUAAUUCUUUAUUAACAA